AUGAAAAUGAAACAUAUUCUAUGGAUUGCAUUUUUAAUCGUUACUCAAAUUCAAAAUUCAGAUGGCGGAUGUCCACGAGCAACAUUUGAGUUUUCUAAUUACACUAAGAAAGCAACGUAUAACUUUAUCGACUCAUCUGUAGGAAAUAUUGGCUCAUUAGAAACAUGUCCAUAUACGGGCCGUCCAUAUGUUUAUCUUCCAUGUUAUCCGAAUUCCACGUGGGGUAAUGAACCAUAUUUUAGUCGUUGUUCGAAACCACUGGACAAGGAAGAGCAGAGCACGCCCUCGAUGAUUUUCUCAUCAAUAUUACCGAUUGAUAAUCCAUAUUCAAGUAUGUCCAUUGAUGAAAUCUCAAAAUUAUCUAUGGAGAGUUCAAACGAUGUUUCGAAUGUAUUAUCAUAUUUAAAUCGAGAUACUAUAACAUUUCAAACAUCAGCCGAUGUCGCUUCGGUUGUCAACAUCAUUGAUCACGUAACAACAGUGGAACAAAAUACAACAGAUGAGGCCCAUUCGGAAGUUUACUCGGUUGCGAAUAAAAUUUUGUCGUCGAAAUCGAUCGAACAAGCUCAAAAAACGAAUCGAAGUGUCGUGAAAUUGCUAUCCUCAUUAGAAGCAUUCACUCAAAAUCUGAAGUCAAACCAAUUCGACGCAACUUAUGUGCAAGAGAACCUCGCUGUUUCGAUUGUCAACAUGCCAAAUAAUCGUACGAAGCCAAUAAUUGGUUUUGAAUUCGAUUCUCAAACCAAUCGAAUGUCACCGAUUGAUUCAGCUGAUACAAAACUGAAUUCUACCACGAUAAUUCUUGAUUCACAAACAGUGUCUCAACAGAAUCGUUUGGCAUUCUCUGUUUUCAAUCCACAAAAUGGUUUAUUCGAUGAUCAAACCUAUCAUGUCUUAACACGAGUGAUUUCGUUAACGAUUGACAAACCUGAAUUGAUUAAAUCUUCAACGAAUUUCGUGAAGAUGAAUUUUCACAUCGAACAUGGUGAUCUAAUAAAAACCAAUGGAAAUUUAACGUGUGCUUAUUGGCAUAUAUUUGAUAAUAACAUGACAGCACAAUGGUCAACAACUGGUUGUCGUUUAAUUGACAUUCAGAAUCAUAAUGUCAUAUGCGAAUGCAAUCAUUUAACUCACUUUGCAGUUCUAUUAGAUAUUCAACAAACACCAGCAUCGAAAGAAGUUGAGCAAUUACUUUUGGUCAUCACAUUAGGCGGUUUACUCUUAUCAUCCGUUGGUUUAUGUCUAACUAUUUUAACAUUUGUUCUUUUUAAGAAACUGCGUCGCCAUUUUAGUCAAAAAUCUCUCCUUCUCUUAUCGAUCAAUCUUCUGCUGGUUAACAUCUUAUUCUCGAUAACAAUAUUACGUCAAUUAGAAGAUCUCUUGUGCAUCAUCAUCGCCAGUUUGUUGCAUUAUUUUGUGUUGUCAUCGUUCAGUUGGAUGUUUAUUUUGGCUUUGAUUCAAUAUCUUCUAUUUGUGAAAGUUUUUCCACGUUCGAUAUCAGCAUUCACAAGAAAAGCAGCAGUUUUCGCUCAAUUUGUCCCAGCGAUUCCUGUCAUGGUUGUAUUAUCGCUCGAUCCAUGGAAUUAUCAUAGACGAGAAGAUAAUGUCUGUUGGUUAUCGUAUAUGCCACUCCGUUUAUCGUUCAUUUUACCAGUGGGGUUGUACAUUUUUAUUAAUAGUAUCUUAUUUUGUAUCGUAGCCCGUUCGCUUCUUUGCGGUAAAACAGGCCAACAGUUACGCAGUACACAAGUAGCUGAAUCGCAACGUUUAUCGAGAUUCUUUAUUGCUUUAAGUUGCUUCGUUGUUCUUGGUCUGACAUGGAUUUUCGGCUUUUUUGUUAUCGGCCCAGUUCGAUUACUAUUUCAAAUUCUCUUUUGUACAUUUGCAACAUUAACAGGCUUCCUUAUCUUUAUUCUUUAUAUUGUCACAUCAAAAGCAAAACGAACUUGUUGGAGUAACGCUUUAAAAUCAGCUGGUAUUCCAUCAAUCUAUUCGCCAACUUUAUCAACAUCAUCUGCUUUAGCUGCUAAUAAAGAAUUUUCCACUUCAUCGACAACGGAUCAAACAAAAGUACCAUCCCGUCUUCUUCAAUUCUCGUCUCAACCUCAGCACUUCAUCGAUGCUUACAUGCCAUCGUCACCACCAGCACCCGCACCACCUUUACCAUUGCCACCACCGUUUCUAAUCGAAGGUGAUGAUCCAUUGAACGCAACAACGCUAGCUAGUAGUUUCUACGAACCCAAUCACAUUUGGAUACCACAAGCGAAUUAUAAUCGAGAAAUCAAUCAGCCAACAACGUUAUUGGAUGAUUAUUCACUUUUCUAUGCCUCAAAUCACGAUGCUACAAAACUUUAA